UCUCCGAUCUCGGGCUCGUAUCUCGUGCAAUCCAUCAAAUGAAUAAAUCAUCUAGAUGUGAAUUGAUUGUCGUUUAUUCCAAACUUAACAUGGUUCUGCAGAUUCAAUAUUUCAUCGGUCGGUGGAGGGAAGGGAUAACUUUUUUUUUCUGUUUUUCACUCCGUGGAAUUGCGGAAUUUUAUUCUGACAACUUGGUAUUUUAUUUAACACAUCAUAGAGCAGUUUAGGUAGACUGCGCCCGCGAGCCACGCAACGUUGUUUGUGUCUCUAUUUUGGACCCCAUCUCUCCACCUACAACCUCUACCACCACUAACAAGUACUAUUCCUUAGUUCAUCCUAUAGACAUGCCGCAGCAUACCCAGGCGCGAUCUUGGGGUACUCGUUUUGACACAUUACUCUCCGCUCCUCUCUUCCCAACAGAAGAUCCUAAUGUCACCACUCAAGGCAUCCCCUUGGCCGUCAACGAGGGAUGUGACGACUCUAAGAAGUCUACAGACAAGAUUGUUCAAGACGCUAGUAUUUUCAUUGGAAGUCUACCAACUAAUAUCGAUCAUUUGGAGCUAACUCGUAUGCUCUCUGAUCACCUUUCUGAUCAUCCAGAGGUACAGACCAUCAAGGUCGUUCGUGACUCAAAGGGCGGCACUUGCGCAUUCAUCCAGUGUCAAGACGCCGAGACGGCGGCGAUGCUAAUCGCAAAUUUGCAGUCGUCGGACCCUAAACAAUUCAUGGGGCGUUACUUACGCUAUGAGCCCGCACGAGCCUUGAGAACGCUACUCGUAUCCUACCGUACACCACGACAAUUUGCGCCUUCGUCAGAUACCAAAUCAAGUUUUGGCGACCUUCAGGAUGGUAAGCCUGUUGACCUUGACCUGCCUUGGGCGAUGAAAAUUUCUAGGGUCCCGGGCUCUAAGUACCUGUCAGUCCUGUACAACUCUGAUGCGCGUGCCGCAGCGGAGAACGAAGGCCUUCUGCCUCUCGGCGAUCGAGAAGCAGAUGAAUCCGGAGCGUAUUUUAACCCCCUGCUUUACACUGCCGAAACUCUGAGGAAGAUAUCAACCAUUUUCGGGGGCAUCGAACAUUUUGUUCCUCACGAAUUCGAGUCGGGUGUUCAGCAGGAAUAUCCUCCGCCGCACGAUGCCCCCCGCUCUGCAGGAAUGGAGACGGGGUGCUGGGAAAUCAAAUGGUGCCACCGCGAUGAUUGCGUUUACGCUCUGAUGACUCUGCGCCGAGUCCCUCACCUGACAGUGACUUGGGCUCACCAUCCAGCUCACCCACGUCAGCCGAUGCCAUACCAUGGCGCCCAGCCUGUGCAAACUAGCCAACACCAUUGGCAAACUCAAGCAGCUAGCUCCACGCAUAUGGCGCCGUCGCAUUUCCCAUUUCCAAACCGAUUUUCAUCCGCAGAUUCAUUAGUUCCCUAUCAUCCUGGCAUACGACCGAUCUCAUCGUCAGCUAGCCUCGGCAACACCGAGCGUAAUUCUAACCGAGCGUCUACUGCAUUAUGCGAUAUGACCUGGUCCUCGCAGAAUGGCACGUUGGAUACGAAAGGCACGGCACCAAAACGUCCUCGAGCUCUAUCCUUGAGCCACAAGCCAUCAGGCGUGAACAAGAAACACUUUCCGCCUAUCUCUGAGAUAGUCCGUGAACGAGAAACGAGAAAGUAUUGGAGCGACCGAAUAGAGGCUGCUGACGAAAAUCAGAGCAUCAUGACGCACUUACCAUCCAUAUCGGGUAUUUCAGACGUUGCAAGUUCUACAGGGCAUUUCAAUACAACACCGGUUCACCAGGAGGAAUCUUAUGAUAUUGAACUUGGCAUCCCUCCAACUCCCGAGUUUGGGACCUCGCCUAUGACCCCGAAAACGCCGGGGUCAUUGAUACCUCGUACUCCUACCACCGGAAGCUACCUAAGCGACUUUCAGUCCGGAUCUCUACCUGAGUUCGUCACGAAGAAUGGCCUGCAAUGGGAUGCAAAACGCUCAGAUCCUACUACCAUCUUCGUCGGAGGAUUGGAGAUGUAUGGCCCGAACGCCUGGGAUGAAGAACGCGUCCGUAACUUGUUCUCAAAGUAUGGCGGUGUAGAGAAUGUCAAAGUUAUCCGGCCAGUCAACAAGCGUUCCGCGUUUGCCUUUGUCACAUUCAGUAACAAGGAGUCUCCUGCUCGAGCUGUUAGUGAAGAGCAUAACAGGAUCCUUGAUGGACGACCAAUCCGCGUCCAGCUCCGUGACUGGAACCCCCCGCAUCGCACGAACUGGAGAUCUAAUCGUAAUCGCGGGCGAAACCUUGAGGGGGGCAUGGUCCGCCAUGGUUCAGAAUCGUCCCUUGUCUCCAGCGACAACCUUCGUGUGGAUCCUAAUAUUCAACAACCAUCUGCGAUUGCCCUGGAAGAAAGGCUACAAGAGUUGAAUAUUGGCCACAAGACAGCUACCAGAGCUUCAACACUCGACGUCGAGCAGUCAGAUGAAAAGCUUGACGUUGCCUCUGAACCUCAACAAUCUUCCUCUCUAGUUGCGGAUGACGUACAGACCGUCAAUUUAGACAACACCGUCCCGCCUCAUGCAGCUUCCAUUACUCCUUCCACUUCACAAACGUCGGUGAUGUCUGCCCCUCCCCAACACAUGGCUUAUCCAAUACCCACAAUGGGGUACUAUCAUCCUCAAGGAUGGGUAGCUGGAUUCCCACCAUAUCACAUGCAGUAUAUGGGGGCGUACUCUGGAUUUCCUCUUCCACCACCGAUGAGCCAAUCGUUUCCGCCAGUUAGUGGCGCGGAUACCCGUGGAACACCUUCAGUAACACCUGCUCCGAUUGUUCACCCAGGCAUGUAUGCUCCAUUCAUCCCAUAUCCGUAUCCUGCGAGAACACCCGUGCGAGAGCAAGGCCAGGGACAGACCCCUGUCGCAACACAAGCGCCACUGAUACCUACGGGGUUCAUUCACGGUGAUCAGGGUAUUCUGGUUCCUGUUUACCCUCCAGAUGCUCUAAAUCAAUAUAUGUCCGGUGCUCAAGGCGAACAAGUUUCGACUUCCACAGAGGCUGUUCCUGCCCCGCUCCCGGCUCAACCUCCCAAUAAUUGGAGGCCGUACCCUCCACCUGCGUUCGCACCUGGCGUACCAGUGUCAGCAGGGAUUCAGCACCCGAACCCAGGACCUUUUCCGAUAAUGGGUCCACACGGCUGGUUGCCGAAUCAUGCCCCAUUUGGCAUCAACCAGCAUGUGCAAGCCCCAUCAAACGUUCCUCUAGGUUCUGGUGGUGCACCCAUGCAGCCGAUGUUUGAGCAGCGCAAUAUCAAUGUACCCCCUCGUCGCCAACAUCGCAGAGACCAUCAGUCUAAUUUCAAGAAUGGAGGUCGCAGUCACCCAGGGCGUUACCCUCGUGGAUCGUUUGCGUCAAACGCACCAAUGAUGAAUGCACAUCCCACCACGGGACCUGACCACUUCACUAGCUCCCAACGAGACGUGCAGAGCAGUCCUGAAUGGAACCAUUGGGGUACCCAGUAAUUGCAUCAACUGCACUGACAUUUCUCGAGUUAGGCGUGGUUUGAUUUCUUUGUCACUCUGUACACGUACAUUUUCGAUCUUCCUUUCUUCGAGCCAAUUAUUCUAAUAUA